GUCGUCAGUUCCGCCUCAUUCGGCAACAGCAAACAUGGACCCCAACGGUGUAAAGCUAAAUUUCUGGGAGAAUGGACCAAAACCUGGACAAUUUUAUUCAUUUCCUGGCAACAGUCAGAUCCCAGGAUGCGGUCCUAUAAGACACACACUGAACCCCAUGGUGACGGGUACGUCAGUACUGGGCGUCAAAUUCACAGGUGGCGUCAUCAUCGCGGCCGACAUGCUGGGGUCCUACGGUUCUCUGGCGCGGUUCCGUAACAUUUCCCGUCUGAUGAAGGUGAACGACAACACCAUCCUUGGCGCUUCAGGGGACUACGCCGACUACCAGUACAUGAAGCAGAUCAUCGAGCAGAUGGUGAUUGAUGAGGAGCUGUUGGGAGAUGGCCACAGCUACAGCCCCAAAGCUGUCCACUCCUGGCUGACGAGGGUCAUGUACAACCGGCGCAGCAAGAUGAACCCCCUCUGGAACACUGUGGUCAUCGGUGGUUUCUACAACGGAGAGAGCUUCCUGGGUUACGUGGACAAACUGGGCGUGGCCUACGAGGCGCCCACGGUGGCGACGGGCUUCGGGGCGUACCUAGCGCAGCCCCUGAUGAGGGAGGUGGUGGAGAACAAGGUGGAGAUCACGAAGCAGGAGGCCAGAGCCCUGGUGGAGCGCUGCCUCAAAGUGCUGUACUACCGCGACGCCCGCUCUUACAACAGGCACGAGAUCGCCAUAGUAACAGAAGACGGAGUGACAAUCGAAGGUCCUCUCUCCUCAGAGACAAACUGGGACAUCGCCAACAUGGUCAGUGGUUUUGAGUGAAGACAGUGCUUCAGUACUAUACCAGCAGCCACACAUAUUUAGUCUGUUCCAUUACAUUCUGAAACGUUACCGCUUUGAAAACACUGCUAUAUGUCCCAUUUAGUUAUUUUUCUCCACUUUCCCUCUUUUGUAAAAUGACAAAUAAAUGUUAAAUCGUA